AUGCCUGAAUUUGGAUUGUCCGAUAAGCCUGCCCCAACUGUGGAGACCACAGUGGUUUUACCGGUGGAGCCAAUGAUUGAUGAACGACCUGCAGAAGAUGAAGUGACACCCAUUCACAAGAUGGAUCAUGAUGUCAAUCUUUCUAAUGGUGGUCACUCAUCUUUGGCUGAAUCACCACGGAAACUUGCUGAUCCGUCGGGAAUUAAGAUUUGGAAAUACGAGAUCCCGACCCGCAUUGUUGCACCGGUUUGUGCGUUUUUAAUGCUCGGCUUGUCGGUGAUUUUGACGUUCACGGCGCCAGUGGUAAACGCAAAUCCGAAACCCUGGAAUUACAUCUCUGCGUUGAUUGGAUGGAUAUACUUUUUGGCAUGGGGGGUGUCCUUCUUGCCACAGUUAUAUUUUAACUUUCGCCGUUGGAGUGUGGAAGGUCAGAGCUUUGAAUUUGUGACUCUGAACAUAAUUGGUUUCGCGUGCUACUCUACAUACACUCUCUGCUUUUAUGCGAACAGUGCCGUUCAGGAGAUGUAUCGUGAACGGCAUGAUGGUAUGUCGAACACAGUGGCACUAAACGACGUUGUGUUCGCAGUGUAUGCGCUCACCUGCUGCAUAGUGAAUGGGGUGCAAAUUAUUUUCAUGGAUCGUGGUGGCCAAAAGCUGAGCAUUUUCGCCAUCGGGCUUAUCUGCCUUAUAAUCUUCGUUAUACUGCUGUGGACAUUCCUGAUUGUCGGGGGUGUCAAAAAAACUCACGUCUUUAACUACCUCGAUCUCUUGUACGGAUUGAGCAUGAUAAAACUGGGCAUCAGUAUUGUAAAGUACUUGCCACAGAUAUAUCUGAACUACAAGAGGAAAUGUACAAUUGGGUGGAAUAUCUGGAACGUUAUACUUGACUUCACGGGAGGUAUUCUCAGCAUUGUACAGCAGGUAAUGGACAGUUGGGUAACCGGAAAUUGGGAGGGCAUGACAGGCAAUCCUGUAAAGUUUGCCCUUGGUUCAGUAAGCAUACUAUACGAUGUUGUUUUUUUGGUUCAGCACUUUGUGUUGUACCGCCAGAACAACAAGGACUUUGCCGCUUCUGAUGACUGCACUGAGGCUGUGGAUUCACGGCAACAGAGUGAGGAGUCCGUCGUACGUCAUUUGGUGUAA